AUAAAUAAACAAAUUAAGAGAUUUGUAAUUGUUUUUGAAGUCGUUAUAUUUGUUUAAACAUAUUUUAUUUACAAUAAUAAGUUUUAAUGAAAUGCCUAAAAACCAAAAGGUUGUUUUAACACGUGGCAGUUUUGUUAAAAAAUUUGGUGGUCAGCCUUCACCUUUAAAUGAAGCAGAGCCACCAACCAUUCGCCAGAUUAAAUGAAGCAGGCCACCAACCAUUCGCCAGAUUAUUCAAUACAACUAUUUCCUUAAAGACAUCAACCAUAACUUGAAAGAUUAUGACAUUGCAAAAAUGAUAGCACUUAAUGUUAUAAAAAUAUGGCAGACUGUUAAUCCAAAGUUACCACUAUAUGAACAUUAUUAUGUGGUAAAGUUAAUAAAUAAAUUAUGCUUCAUGAAAGCACAACAGAUUAACCAAAAAUCUCUUUCUAAAGUAAAGCGUAAUAACCUCGAGAAAACUUUAGACACGCUUUUUGAUAUUUCAGCUUGCAAAUGUAAUCUACCUGUUCGUUCUUGUAAUGAUAAGUUUGUAAAGUACGUAGAAGAAAAUUGUCAAACACAACAUAUAAUUUGCACAUGCCCACUGGAUAGAAAGGUUCCAUUAGAACAUAGAAUGUAUUUGAAAGAUCAGAGAGCAAAAAUAGGUCCUAAGGGGUUGUUUCAACUUGGAUCCAUUGAUCGUAAAAGUGUUAAUAAGACAAACAAAACUUCUGUUAGUAAUAAGAAAUGUCAGAAGCAGAUUUUAAAUAAAGUUUCUCAAGAAAAAUACAUAACAUAUACAUCAUUCGACAACAACAUGGAAAGUUUAGAUUCAUUAGCAGUAAUGAAUGAAGAUGAAGACUUGAAAAGUUACAGUAGUGAAAUGAGUGAAGUAUUAAAGACUCCUGUUAACUUUGACAAUGAAUGUUGUUACAAAGCAAUUAUAUCUGGGGCUUACAAUUUCUUUAAACCAUCACGAUAUGCUUUGGAAUUAAUUAGGGCUGAUGUUUCAUCAAGAAUUGGGGCUAGCCUUGGUAAUGCUUUUCUCUUAGAUUUGCAGGCUACAGGCUUACUUGUGCCAAAUCUUAAUUUAAAUACUGUAUUUAUUGAUAAAUCAAAAAUUGAUAGACAGAAAACUAGAGUUAAAAAGUCAAAAUAAGCUUAUGGAGGAUAUUAAUGGCAUAACAUGUAUUGGAGUUGAUGGAAAAGUUGACAAAGACACUUUAUUUUACAGAGAAGUUAAGAAUCCAAAUGGAAAAAUUAAUCUAAGACAAGUUAAACAUUCAGAGCACCAUUUAACUUUUACAGUAGAGUCCAGGUCUGAAAUUGGAUCAUAUCUUACUCACAGAGUCAUUCUGAUCAAAGAUGCUACAGGACUUUUGUUAGGAGAUGAAGUUGCUAGUGUCUUAAAUGAUUUUAAGAUUGCUCAUUCUCUAAAAGCUAUCCUCCUUGACAAUACUGCUACUAACAUUGGUUGGAAAAAGGGGCUUGUAACAGCUGUAGAAAAAAAAUUAAUAGCAAUUUGCACAUUAUUGGCUAUUCACUUCAUCAAAAUGAACUUCCAUUUUGAGCUAUUUUUAAGUAUCUUGAUGGAGGCACCAAAAGCCCUAAUUUGUUUAAUGGUCCGAUCGGAAAACUUUGUGAAAAUAACUACCAAGAUCUCCCUCAAGUUGACUUCAUAAAAAUUAGCAGCCAUGUAGAUAACAUACAUUUUGAUAAAAAGACAUUGAAAGAUUUGAGUAGGGAUCAAAGACUUCUUUUAGAAUAUGUUCUUGGAGUUUCAAGAGGAAAUAUUGAUCAUAAAUAUGCAAAGUGAAAAAUUGGGCCAUUAAAUCAUGUUAGAUGGUUAGAUGACUUGUUAGAUGACUUGUUAGAUGAUUUAGAUGGUUAGAUGGUUAGAUGGUUAGAUGACAUCAUGUUAGAUGAUUGUUAGAUGACUUUGGCAAUUUGAUUAUUGUGUCUUUGGACAAGAGGCUCUUAUUUUCCAGAAAUGCAAGAUAAAAAAAUUUUAUCUUGCAUUUAUUUUAAAAUUUAUUGUGCAAGUGUAUGCAGUUAGCUGGUUUGAAAUAAAAUUGGAUAGUAAGUUUCACAAUCAGCAGUUAUACAUUUUCAAUAUGAUUAAAAGAAUUAAAGAACAGUCUGAGGAAAUCAAAACUAUCGCGUUAAAAAACUUAAAUACUUUUGCUUUGCUGCCUGAAAAUAUAUUUUACUCCAUGAUGAAAUCAGAUGAAGAUAAUAUCAGAGAAGCUGCUACCAGAAAAAUUUUAAGUAUAAGGUAAACAUAAUGUUAUUAAAAUUAAGUAGUUCAUAUAGAGUUACAUGUUUUACUCAAAGAUGACAGACAAAUGGAAAGAGUCAUAAUAACCGGUUGAGCAUUUUUUAAAAAAAUAAAUAGUAAAUCCUUGAAAUUUUUUACCAGCAAGCAGAAAAAUCAAGCUCCAAAUUACUAAAUGUGCAAUUUUGGGUGGGUAUGAAAAAAGUUAAUAACUGAUAAUGCGCCUGAACGUUUAUUUCACACUUUGAAGUAAAAAUAUAACAAAAAUUCAUUUAUUAAAUUUUGUGUUUUUUAAAAAUCUAAACAAGAUUAAAAAAAGAUUUAUAUUUUGAGAAUUUAAAUUUAAAUCUUUUAUAAGUAUGAAAGUGCCUACAAAAAGAUUAAACAAAAUCACUGCAAUAAAAAUUGAUGCAUAUCAUUGGUCGGAUUUAGCAGACCUUUCUCAAACAGGUAUUCGUGAGCUCUCACUAAACACAUAUUAUCUAAGCAUUUACAAGAAUCGUUGCUAAAUGGAACGAAGUUUGAGUUACCGGUUCUGCCUUCUCAUACUCAGAGUGUUGAGAGAGCUGUGAAAAUGACAUCUGAAGCUUGCCAUACAGUGUAUGGAAUGAAAGCAAGGCAUAAACAUAUCAUUGCGAAAAAUUUAAGUCGUCAAAAGAGACCUAAUUUUUCUUCGAAGGGUUCGUAUUGUCAAAAGUAUGAUGAUGUUUUGAUCUGAAGUAUUUUAACAACAAAUAAAACCCUUUUAUUGAAGUUUUUUUGUUUUUGUUUUGAUACAGCAUAUUUAAAAAAACAACAAAGUUACAAAUGAAACUCGUUUUGAUGUUACAAAUGAAACUCGUUUUGAUGUUACAAAUGAAACUCGUUUUGAUGUUACAAAUGAAACUCGUUUUGAUGUUACAAAUGAAACUCGUUUUGAUGUUACAAAUGAAACUCGUUUUGAUGUUACAAAUGAAACUCGUUUUGAUGUUACAAAUGAAACUCGUUUUGAUGCAAUCGCUUCUAUAAUUAGCUACUGUUUUUAUUUAUUUUUUUCAAUAACCCCCUCAUAUCAGCUUUUAUAGUAAAACUAAAUUUUAUUUCCUCAAAAAAUGGCUAUCAAAAAAACCUUAAUUUUUUGUUUUUACUUGUUAUUAUGUUACUUUGCAUCCAUCUCAACUUGUCCUAUGUUAAAAUCUAAAAAAAAGUUGAAAAUCGACCCACCUUACUAGACCAAACAUAUUAGUUAUUGAGAAUAAUAUUUUGUAUACUUUUGUUUUUAUCUCUUUUAUGUAUUCGAUAAAAUGUAAUUUACUGAUUAUAAUGACACCAAGCAAAUUUAUUAACUAUUUCAAUUUUAAACUUAUCAUUU